AUGAGCAGCGGGCUGGUGCUGCGCGCCCCGCUCCCCGAGGACGCCUCGGCGUUCACCCCGCUCAAGCCCGUCACCAUGUCGGGGGAGCCCGGCGAGGACGCCUCCGUCUUCGAGGACAUCAAGCCGCCCGCCCGGGCCCUGGACAACCCUCCCGACCUGGCGCAGGGACGAUCCGAAAUGGAUAAGUACCUCUCCAGCCAGGUGCCUCCCAUCCCCAUGAUGCCAGACAAGAAAUACCGCCGGGAGAGCGCCUCAGUGGUGGACGAGUUCUUCUCAGCCGAGAAGCCCAGUUCCACGCCGUACAGCGUGAACAUCAAUGUGAUCCUGCCCGACACCACGCACUUGCGCACUGGACUUUACCGGCCCCCCAAGCCCAUGACCCCGUUCCCACAGAUCAAGACGGAGCCCGGCACCAGCUUCGCCCAGCCCUGCUCCUCCACUGCGGGCUCCACGCAGACCCUGCCUGACUUCACCAGCGUCUUCAGCAUGCCCCAGUCCGUGGCAGUCAACAACAUCUUCAUCAAGCAGGAGAUGCCCUCUGAGAUGCCGCUGUCCGGCAGCCCGCAGCAAGCCCAGCUUUACCAGAUGCCUCUUGGCAGUGGCACCGCUGACCUUACCCCGCUGACACCCUCCUCCAACAGCACCACAGCCAUCAACAGUCUCAGCGGUGUCACCAUGUCCACAGGUAACGCCAUGUCCAGUGUGCUCCACAGACCUGUCCAGCCAGGAGGGCCAGUUAAGCAGUACCCACAUGUCUCCCAAGGACAGGGAAACUUCAACAUCUCAGGGCAGUUCUACCCCGUGCCGGGGGUGAACCUGCCCCCUUCGCCCCCCAACUCGCAGCCCGGCAGCCCAGAAAAUCAACCAGAGCUCAUCAACACCAUCUCUCCCCCACCAUCCUAUGAAGCCACUUUUGGACUGAAGCUGGUCCAGUCAUCCCAGGUCCCCCCAGUCCCCAACAGCCUUGGGACCCUCUCCCAAGGGCACAUUGUCAUGCAGCCCCCCAAAUACAACAGACGCAACAACCCUGAGCUGGAGAAAAGGAGGAUCCACCACUGCGAUUACCCAGGUUGCACAAAGGUUUAUACCAAGAGCUCCCACCUGAAGGCGCACCAAAGGACUCACACAGGUGAGAAGCCCUACAAGUGCACCUGGGAAGGCUGCGACUGGCGCUUCGCCCGCUCUGACGAGCUGACCCGGCACUACCGCAAGCACACGGGUGCCAAACCCUUCAAGUGCAUGGCCUGCGGCCGGUGCUUCUCCCGCUCCGACCACCUGGCCCUCCACAUGAAGCGGCACCAGAACUAGGGGCCACCUCCAUCGCCACGUCUCCGAGAGCAGCUGGGGACUCUUCUCCGAGGGGACCUCUCCUCCACUUGUACAUAGGAACAACCCCACGCUGUGAUCAACCGGCAGGGCAGCGGGCGAGCCCCGUCCCCGCUGUUCC